AUGGGAACCUAUGAAAUCGUUGGGCGAGGACGCGGAUUGUUCGAGAUGAAUGUCUUCAUUCGAUUUAUUCACGACUGUGAUGAUAGUUUAAUUCCUUGUCAACGUUCCCUAACGCUAAGGGUUCCAUCAACCUAUAUUACUCGCAAAUCAUACGUCGAAAAAUACUUCGAAGCUGGAAAUAUGAACAUGGCGUUCCGGUAUCCUGAUGAACAGCGCCUUUGUAGGCAAAUAUAA